GCAGUUGGCAAACUAUAGAUUCGGCCUAAUCGGAUAAUCAUAUAUCCUCCUGUCUUGGCGUUUCACUUCACUGAUCACUAUGGCAACUGAAAGUGGUGAUAAUAAGCUAAAGCUGUAUUCGUACUGGUGGAGCUCAUGCGCCUUUCGAGUCCGAAUUGCUCUCAACCUGAAAGGGAUUAAAUAUGAGUACAAAGCAGUCAACUUGCUGAAGGGAGAACACUCUCACCCUGAUUUCCUGAAGCUCAAUCCUGUCGGUUUUGUUCCCGUCCUCGUGGAUGGGGACUUUGUAAUUUCUGACUCUUUGGCCAUCAUUAUGUAUCUGGAGGAUGAGUUUACUCAGCGUCCAUUGCUUCCUCCUGAUUUACAGAAAAGAACGAUCAAUUUUCAGAGAGAGAAGAGAGACACAGUGGAACUACCUUCAUCAGAACUUAAACGCAAGGCGUGGCAAAGGACUAGGGGAUGCUGUUCAUCAUCCUCUUCAGUGAGCAAGGAACGACGUCAUCUUCUUGUGGAGCUAGAGGAGCUUGACGAAAUCGGCAUUAACACGGACACUGAAGGAGAUGGUGCCGUCCCCGGCGAAGAAGAUGACGACAGCGUUAAGGUGUUUUGGCUUCUUCUUCUUUUUUUUCCCUCCAUAUAG